AUGCCGCCUAGGAUACCAACGUCGCACAUCAUAAGAUGCUGCAGAACAUCAAUUGAGAGACCAAGGCUGACGACGGCGCCCCUUGCGUCUCUGUUUGCCGCCCUGUCCAUACAAAAUCCACCACGGCAGACGCUGUCGCAAGCACGACACGCCUCGAUCCUGAGCGACCUGCGUGACAACCGGGGCGCUUACAACAAGAGGAUCAGAAAAGGCCGUGGUGCGUCGUCCGGAUAUGGAAAAACAUCUGGUCGUGGUCACAAGGGUCAGGGCCAACACGGAAAGGUCAAGCCCUGGUUCCAGGGUGGACAGACACCGUUGAUCUUCAAGCAUGGACGGAUGGGUUUCGUGAACCACGGCAAGGAGAACAUCGCCCACAUCAACCUCACACGCCUGCAAGCAUGGAUCGACGCCGGCCGCAUCGACCCGACCAAGCCAAUCACGCCCAAGGAGCUCAUUGCUUGCAAUCUGAUCGGGCGUAUACCGGACGGAAUCAAGCUACUCGCGCACGGGCGAUACGACAAGCCGGCGGAAGGCACCCCGAUCAUGAAGCAGCCGAUCGACAUCAUCGUGUCGCGGGCGUCCGCCAAGGCAAUUCAGGCGAUUGAGUCGGCCGGCGGCAAGAUCGUCACACGAUAUUACACCAAGGAGGCGAUCCGGAACCUGAUAAGUGGCAAGAGCGUCAGCACAAGCGAGCCGCUGCCCGUGGGCAAGGAGUUUGUCGAGCCGGCGCUGGAGAAGCUAAGGCAGGGGCCGUACCUGUACCGGCUGCCUGACCCUGUGGGCCGUUGGCACAUUGAGUACUAUCGUGACCCGGCGCACAGGGGAUAUCUGAGCCACCAGCUGAAGCCAGGCGAGUCGCCUAGUUUGUUCUUCCGGGUGCCCAGCAAGACGAUCAAGAAGAAGGUUGCAAAGGUCAAGGAGGUGGAGCAGAGCGACAAGAAGCUAUUCCAGCUUCGCAAGAGCAAUAUGUCCCUCUUUGGCACGUCGCCGCCGGACGAGUCGCCGUCGAUGCACUCAUCCUUCGCCCGGUCGCGGGCCUCGCUCUUUGACGAGGAAGAUUCCAUGACCGCCUCCCAGACCCAGUCUGCCUCAAACUCCCUCUUCCAGGACGACGCCUCACCCUGGGACAUGCCCACCCCGCGCAAGCAGAAAUCGCGGGCCGACCUACUCCGGAACCUCCUCUCCGCCGCCGACGCCCCCGACAGCUACAUUGAGACGUUUGACACGGUGGUCCGGGACGGCGGUGGCGGCGCCAAUGUCUCGUCUGCUGGCGUGUCGCGCGUGCUGGCUGCUGCGGCACUGGACGCUGAUGCGCAGGCCAAGAUUAUGAGCAUCAUCGCGCCAGCCGGUGGCGAGGUUGCGCUGGGCCGGAACGAGUUCAAUGUGCUGCUGGCGCUGGUUGGGCUCGCCCAGGAGGGAGAGACCGUCAGCCUGGACAGCGUUGACGAGAGACGAAGAAACCUGCCACAGAUCAGACUUCCUGGUAUUACAGACCAGCCUUCCACAGAACAAGUCUUUGCUGGAACCAGCGAACUCGGCGCGAAGCUGCCGCAGCGACCCGUAACUCCACCGGCCAAGGAUAGCACAUCUUCGACAUCCAGGACACCCACGACGACCUUUCGAAAGCCCUCGAUGGAUUACCAAGAUGACCCCUGGAACACUCCAGAUGUCCAUAAAAACCACAAACAUAGCGCCGGACCUCCUAAACCAGUGAAUGGUGAAGCGCCGCCCGACGAGACCAACAUCGCAGACACCAACGGCAACAACAACGGCAAUGGUAACGGCAAUGGAGCCCGCGGUAGUCCUAUCGCGCCACCCUCACGGACGACGUCCACCUUCACAACGGCUGUCGCGAGCACGGCCAAUGACUCAGCUCCUGAGCCGACGCGGCAGAGCUCGUUCGGCCCCGCUCAAUCGCCUAGCGGUGCUUGGGGAAGCGAGUUCUUCGGCGGUGCUGUAGGCAACCCUGAUGUGGGCGCCAGUCCAUUCGGUCCGCCAGGAGGGAGUAAUGGCGGUAGGGAUCCCGGCGAGCCACGGCCUGGCCCCACGAGCAGAACGAUAGGCAGUGGCAGGACGGGGAGUGCGCUCGAGGAGAAUAUCAUCGUGUCGUUGAUGCCCGAGAAGGAGGGCAUGUUUAUGUUCCAGCACCACAAUUAUGAGGUUGCUAGUAUCAGGAGGGGCAGCAAGGUCAUCAGAAGAUACAGUGACUUUGUGUGGCUGUUGGACUGCUUGCACAAGAGGUAUCCUUUCAGGAUAUUGCCACUCUUGCCGCCAAAACGGGUGGCCGUCAAUGGUAACCACCUAUCGAAUGACGGGGCCUUCAUUGAGAAGCGUCGCCGGGGCCUCGCCAGGUUCUUGAACGCCCUCGUCCGCCAUCCGAUCCUGAGUCAGGAGCAACUGGUCAUUAUGUUCCUCACAGUGCCUACCGAGCUCUCUGUCUGGCGCAAGCAGGCCAACCUCUCUGUACAGGAUGAGUUUGCAGGGCGUGCCUUGCCACCAGGACUCGAGGACUCUCUAUCGCCUCAGCUCGAAGAUCUGUUUAUUCAAACCCGCGCCGGUGUGCGCCGCAGUGCUGAGCUCUACAUUAAUGUGUGCAGCGUCAUGGACCGGCUUGUCAAGCGCAACGAGGGCGUCGCCGCUGACCACGCACGGAUCGCCAUGAGCUUGACCUCUCUGACAGAGACCACAGCAGACACAUACGCGACCGACACGAAUGAGGUGCCGCUGCUCAAUGAUGGCCUGGUCGCCAUGAGCAAGCACCUGCGCACCAGUCAGACACUGAUGGAAGACGAGGCGCGUGCUUGGGAUGAGGGCGUGCUUGAGGAUCUCAAGAGGCAGCGUGACGCGCUUGUGAGUCUGCGCGAUCUUUUUGACCGCCGGGAGCGGCUGGAUCGGGACAACAUCCCCUAUCUGGAAAAGCGGAUUCAGAGCAAUGAGACCAAGUUGGCGAAUCUCAGAGGCAAGCCCGAGGGGAUGGUCAAGCCGGGAGAGAUCGAGAAGGUCGUGGAGGCCAUCAUCAAGGACAAAGAGUCGAUCGUCAACCAGCACAACCGCUCCGUCUUCGUCAAGGAGUGCAUCCGCGACGAGCUCAUCAUCUUCCAGUCGACGCAGUACCACGUCUCGCACUGGAACCAGGACUGGGCGCAGGAGCGCGUCAAGUACUCGGAGAUGCUGGCGGACAACUGGCGCCGGCUCAUGGACGAGCUCGAGGGCAUGCCCCUGGGCGACUAAGGCACUCGUUGCCUCUUGGUGUCUAUGGUGAGACGGGCGAUGUGUAAGCGUGUGUGGUGCCAUGAGAUAACACAUUGCGUUCACCAAACUAUAGAUAAUCACUGGUGGCCCUUUUGGGCAGGUACAGGCAGGGCAAAGCAAGACGAAUAGACGACGGCUGCGAUUGUAUCAAGAUUGAUUGGAUAAAGAACCCCUGCCGCAGUGUUUAAGUUUGCCUUUUCUUUUCUUCAGUCUGUAUUUUUCCAUGGGGUGCAUGUGACUAUACCCUGAUUGCUCAUACCGGCAGCUUGUUGUUUGGGGGAGGGGCCAGGAAAAGAAGAAGGAGGGUCAUUGAAGCCCUCAUCGUUGUGUCAAGGCGAGGGUGGAGCGAAAGUUGCGAUCCCAGAGUUCAUUUUGUGUAUACCCCCAACCCAAUUACCACAUCUCUCAUCGAAUAACAUUUAUUUUUCUCCUUUUCUCGUUG